CUAUCUGAAAGAACCCCCAAGUGGAUUUCAUUUGACGCCACAGAAUAAAUCCGCCGUAACCUUUCAAAAAUAGUUACAUCCACCCCAACUUCCAUCACAACUUCCACUAUCUGAUCAGAACGGUAACUUCACGAAAUACAAAACUAGACUUCGACAGGAUUGAAGGCUCACUCAAACGAGAAACUGAGAAUGGGGCGAGAGAUGAUUGGGCAAGUCGAUAUUCCACCUUACAUCAGCGAUCACGAUUCGAUCCAUGAUUACAAUGACGGGUAUGAUAGCGACACAUCCAACGAAGAAAGUGAGUCCGACAGCGAAACAGAAGAAGAAGAAAACUCUACGCUGGACGACGACGAGUACGCAACGUUCAAAAAUAGAAUGAAAAUUAAACGCGGCCGCUCAAUCGGUUUAAGUUUCAAGCCAAACGGUUAUUUGGUCCCAAAUCGUCAACUUGCCUAUCUCUUGAGGGCCCGAAAGCUGGUAUUACACGGCCCUUUUAACGCAAAUGAAAUAAAUGCUCCUCUUGGAGAAAGCAAUUUUUGUCCGUCACUUCAAGAUGUUUUUUGGCGUUCAUCUGGGCUGAAAUUCCGCGGGAAUGGAAGGGCAACGGUCACCUUGAAGAAUCCCCAUCUGAAGAAAGUACCGCCCUUAACAUCGACAAGAAAAAAUGAGGGUAGCGAUGGAAACAAUAUCAGCACAUCACUCAAAUAUCUGCACCGUCUGGGAAUUUCCUUUGACUCAAAUGGCGCCAUUGUCGAAAAUCUCACACUUAAAGCCAUGUUGGAUGCCGGCAAGAUAGUCUUGGACAAGUCCACACAUGGUUACACUCUCCCUAAUUCUUCAAAACCAAACGAAGGGGCACAAUUUGAAUCCAACUUUUCAAAGCCAUCAAUGUUCUUUUUCGUAUCACGACCAACAAAUGAAAUUGCCUGGGGGCUCGAUCAGCAGCAAAAGACCUUGAGGAGAAACCCCAAAAAGGGAUUAUGGAAAUCAAAAGGAGCUGCAGAAAGUCAAGGAGAUGGAAUUAUUCCCAACGUUGGUUUUAUACCAGUCAAUGACAAUGAUCUCAAGGUUCUCGGCAGUACCAGGUUCAUCAUUUCCCUCAGCGACCUAGCUUUUGCUAUGGCCGAUGAAAAGAAAUUGCUAUUAUCUCGCCCGUCACACAAUCACCAAACAGAAACGCCAAUUACUUGCCUCCUGUCGAUGCUUAAAAAAAACGGCAAUUGCAAAUAUACGAGCACCAAAGACGUAAACAGCGCCAUCAAUUUAGACACAGAAGGCUCGAGAUUUCUUGAAACGAAGACAGCCAGCUCCGAAACAGAUUCUGAGUCUGAACCAAAUAUUUUGGACUCAGUUCCGUUCGAAGAGGCCGGCAAUCUCAUCCAAAAAUUCAAAACAACAAUCAGUGAAGCUUGUCCAGGAUAUCAAAAGGGCGCUCGACAAAAAUAUCGUCCCAAGCGUAUCCCGUUUCGUUCCCAGUCUACCAUUUCGCUGCCACCAUGGAAUUCUAUUAAGUUUACAUACACGCCAGUCGGCUGUAUUCCCGCCAAACUUCGGAGGAUUGAGAAUGUUCUAGUGAAGGUUAACAAGAGGGCUAUCAUGAUCAUCAAUAUUUUCAAUGAAAGUUCCAAUAUACUUGGAGGAUCCAAGAAGAUGUAUCUUCCUCUUGUAUUUCGAUGCUGGCUUCGAGCUAGCAUUGUGGCGGGGAUAUCGGACUACUUACAGCGGUCAAACGCAAAUUCAAACCCCGAUGGAAUUAUUUGGACUCUUCUAUUGCCGUUCUACAUAAGAGGAGAGACGCCAAAUCGUGCAGAAAUGUCUGUUAUCGCAGGCCAAGUACCUCAAAUUGGAGACCAACGGCCAAAUUGGGACAGCCCCACUGCAAAACUGAAAACAAUUUUGCACUCGGGAAUUUUAGGUGCCUUCCCUUUGGAACUUUUUUUUCGUGGGAACUUUUGGCAGUGGCUCAUAUACGAGGGAGCGCCACACAUACGGCAAAUUCGACCAGGACCAGAGGAGUAUGAAUUGUCAGAAUAAUAUGGGAUAUGGUUUUAAUGACAAUAAUUAAAUUAAAACUGGCCACUUGGGAAGAGAGGUCUAUUCGCAUACAGUUGCACGACGAACGGAUUUAGAUAUACAACUGCCGUGAAAAUGGAAUGGACAACGAGUACUACAACGCUUUUGACCAGCAAUCCAGCAGAGACAACUGAAUACCUGGCAAGCCUGGGCUAUACGCGCCCACUGAUCCAGCUACCAUCUAUCGAACGCAGCGAAAGCUACGCGCUGGAGG